GCCGCCCGCCCGGCGGAUGUUGCGGCGCGGCCGCGGCUGAGGGAAGGAGCGGGGGCCGGCGGAGCGGCAGCGCCGGGGCCGCGCACGUCCCGAGAUGGCCGAUGAGAACGAGGAGCUGCCGGCGGACGAGGAGCUGCCGGCGCCGGCCGAGGAGGCCUUUGAGCAGCUGGAGAACGACAGCCCCGCGGAGCGCAGCGGGCACGUGGCCGUCACCGACGGGCGCUGCAUGUACGUCUGGGGAGGAUACAAGAACGCCCAGGUCCGGGGGUUUUAUGACUUCUACCUGCCUAGGGAUGAGAUAUGGAUCUACAACAUGGAAACUGGAAGAUGGAAGAAGAGCAAGACUGAGGGAGAUGUUCCCCCCUCCAUGUCUGGCAGCUGUGCCGUGUGUGUGGACAGAGUGGUUUAUCUCUUCGGGGGGCACCACGCCCGGGGCAACACCAACAAGUUCUACAUGCUAAAUGCCAGAUCCACGGACAAAGUGCUGCAGUGGGUGAGAGUGGAGUGCCAGGGGGUGCCCCCCUCGUCCAAGGACAAGCUGGGGGUGUGGGUGCACAAGAACAGGCUGAUAUUUUUUGGAGGCUAUGGCUAUUUUCCUGAAGGGAAGCAACGUGGAACGUUUGAAUUCGAUGAAACUUCUUUUUGGAAUUCAGGUCUUCCUAGGGGGUGGAACGACCACGUGCACAUUCUGGACCUUGAAACUUUCACUUGGAGCCAGCCCAUAACUACGGGGAAGACCCCGUCCCCUCGAGCCGCCCACGCCUGCGCCACGGUUGGGAACAGGGGCUACGUGUUUGGAGGCAGAUACAGGGAGUCCAGAAUGAACGACUUCUACUACCUGAACCUGGACACGUGGGAGUGGAACGAAAUACUCACCCAAGGCAUCUGCCCCGUGGGCCGCUCGUGGCAUUCCUUAACGCCCAUUUCCUCGGAUCACCUCUUCCUCUUUGGAGGCUUCACCACGGACAAGCAGCCCCUGAGUGAUGCCUGGAUUUAUUGUAUCAGCAAGAAUGAGUGGGUACAGUUUGAGCAUAACUACUCUGAAAAACCAAGGCUGUGGCACACGGCCUGUGCCAGCGAGGAGGGCGAGGUGAUCAUCUUUGGGGGCUGUGCCAACAACCUUCUGGCCCAUUCCAAAGCUGCUCACAGUAACGAAAUCCUGGUGUUCUCCCUCCAACCAAGAUCUCUUGUAAGGCUGUGCCUGGAGGCCGUGAUUUGCUUCAAGGAGAUGCUGGCCAGCUCGUGGCACUGCCUGCCCAAGCACCUGCUGCACAGCGUGAACCAGCGCUUCGGCAGCAACAACACCUCGGGCUCCUGAGCCCGGCCCGUGUGCUGAGCCCUCUGUGUGUAGGUAGUUGCUUCUCGCCCUCCCGUGCAUGUGAAUGGCCUAGAGAGAACCUAUUUUUGUGUGAGAUGUUCCAAUAAAUGUAUUUGAUGCCAGAGGAGCCUGAGCUUCAGCUGUAACCAGGUGUGGGGUUGUGCACCCCGAGGGGGUGAGGCCGACCCCGAGAGCGGGGGGAUGUCCAUGGGGACAGAGCUGGGAAUGCUGAGCGCACUGCGGCUCUGGAGUGUUGCUUUAGUGGUGUUUAGUGCACAGCUUCACGUUCUGCCACAGAUGCUUAAGGUCAGAGAAGCAGGAUCUGGAAGUUAGAAGCAGGAUCUGGAAGUUAGAAGCAGGAUCUGGAAGUUGUCCCAUUGCUGGUCGAUAAACUGUCGUAAACUUUGAGAUGUUAAAGCACCACUACUUUCUGCUUGGCUGUAGUUUGGUUUUGGUUGUUUUUUUUUUGGAAUUUUUAUGUUGUGGAACUUCAAUUGUGAACCUUAGGUAGCAGAUAUUCUGCCCUGCGAGUGUAACUGGGAGUUUGUGCCUGUUCCCUGCCCCUGGAGCAGCCCCAGGGAUGUCCCCUGGCUGCAGGGACAUGGAGAGGGGACACGGGGGACAGGGCCAGGCCGUGCUGCUGUGGGGAAGGGGGGAAUCAUGUUUUAAGCUGUCUUCAAAAACUAAUUAAAAAUGUUGACUUGUAGAAC